AUGGAAGCUGAACUAGACCAGCUCUUGGCAUCCGCCAAACAAGCAGCGAGGGCUCUCGAGGGCCCUCUCGCGCCUUUCGUCGACGAUGCCCUAAGGCUCUCCCAGAAUCCAGACUCCCAGUCCCAAUCAGGCACACUGCGCGCCAAAAUCCUCGACACGAUCCAGACGCUGGGAAAGAUCCAGCAGAUCCUCACCCCGCCACAGGUGCAGUUCAUGGACGCCAUCUUCUCCGCGACCAACACCCAGAUCCUGGUGUGCGCCGCGCAGUACCGCCUGGCCGACAUCCUGCACGCCCAGGGGCCCCUGAGCGUUCCCGCGCUCGCGGCCGCCUCGGGCAUGGACCCGGCCGCGUGCGCGCAGGUCGUGCGGUACCUCGUCGAGAUGGGCUUCUUCAGCCUCGACGCCGCUGCCGGGGUCGUCGACAACAACCGCACCUCCCAGCUGCUGCGGACCGACCACUGGACCACGUGGCACAACUGGGUCGGCCUGUACGCGGGCGAGCAUUACGAUAUUUUGCGGAAGCUGCCUGCUGCCAUCGCGGCCGGCCAGGAGCGCACCGCCGCGCAGAUCUUCUUCGACACGGAUGAGCCCAUCUACCAGGUCAUGGAGCGCAUGGGCACGACGGCGGCGUUCCACAAGGCCAUCGGCGCGUUCAGCAUCGCUGAGGCCCCGGGGUUGCUUGCUGAUUAUCCCUGGGCCGAGGUCGGGGAUGAAGUUGUGACAGACAUUGGCGCUGGCGCUGGUGAUUUCAUAUGGCAUUACCUUCAGGCAUAUCCGACGGCCAAGGCAGCUGCGUUCGAACUGCCGAAGACGGCCGAGUUGAUCCAGAAGCGCUUUGAGGACGCGGAUGAUGCUGUAAGGGCACGUCUUGUAGAGGUUCAAGGUGGGGACUUCUUCAAAGACUCGCUUCCGCGGUCGGCGGUGUAUUUCUUAAAAUUUGUUUUUCACAAUUGGGAUGACGAGCAUUGCGUGGCUCUGCUCAAGCGGAUCAGACAGUCGAUUGAACUGAAACCCGGGGUGAGCCGCGUUGUUGUUGGGGAGCAUAUUAUCCUGGACGGGAAGCUGGGCAGCUUUGCCAGGUACGCCGAUAUCAGGAUGCUGUCUAGGGUGAGGAAUCGGGAGAGAACGCUGGAGGAAUAUCGAGUGAUCGCCGAAAGAGGCGGGUUCACGCUUCACCAAGUCGUCUCGCCUCGGGGCUGCCUCACUCAGGUAAUAGAUUUGCGUCCAGUAUAG